UAGCUGCAAACUCAACUAUACCAAAUUCAACACCAAAUACUUAACAACAAGCCAAAGUAUUUGAGCUUGUCAUGCUUUCCUAGCAGCAAGACCCCAUUUUUGCGGAUACUAGAAUGUUUGCAGCGGCAACGAAGAACUUUGUGAAGCAGGUCGGGGACACAGGGCGUCUGAUCCCCGUGCCAAGCUUGAGUGAAGCUGACCGCUACCAGCCCCUUAGCCUGGUCACGAGAAAGAGGAAGAGGCAUUUCUGGAAGAAAACAAAAUAUGCCUCAACCCCAUUCUCACUAAAAGACAUCCUGGUGGGUGAGAAAGAGAUCACAGCAGGUGUGUCAUCCUACCAACUCCUCAACUAUGAGGACAAGUCAGACGUGUCCCUAAACGGCAGACUUGGGAACCACCUUAUGAAUGAUGUGGGAUUCAACAUCAGUGGGUCGGACUCUGUGGCAGUCAAAGCCUCCUUUGGGAUCGUCACCAAGCACGAGGUGGAGGUGCCAACUCUACUCAGGGAACUCACCUCCAGGAAGGUGGAUCUGGAUCACUGCCUCGUUCGUCAGUCCAAGGAAAGUGGGCGGAGUGUUCUCUGUGUUGUCAUGGAAAGUAUACGCACCACACGCCAGUGUUCUCUCACCGUCCAUGCAGGCAUGCGAGGGACUACUAUGAGGUUUCAGAUCGACGAUGGUCGGAACCCCAAAGGGCGAGACAAGGCCAUAGUUAUCCCAGCUCACACCACCAUAGCAUUCAGCAUAUUUGAGCUUUAUGUUCGAAUCGAUGGCCGACUAGACAUAUGUGUGGCCCCGGAUUCACUGGGUGGAUUUGAAAAGGAGCAGAUCAGAGAACAGCUGGGAGGCUUCAUUGGUCGCUUCUCUAUGGGACGCCUACGAAGGUUCUUAUCCGGAAUCGUCUACGGCAACCCCUUCAGAGCAGACGACCGGACAUUCGAGGAGCUCACCCAAUCAGACACCUACAUGGAUGACGUGGUGACUGACUACUAUGAGAAAGCAGCCAGCAUGACAGACCUGUCUACUACCUACCUGAGGGAGGGCUCGCACACCCGUGUCAACCUCCUCAACCAUAACAUCCCGAAAGGUCCAUGCUCUCUCUGCGGCAUGGGACACCAGCGGAGGGAGACGGUCUACGGCUGUCUGGAGUGCUCCACCGGCGGGCAGAAGUACGUCCGGCUCCACGUGGUGCCCUGCUUUGACCUGUGGCACAAAACGCUGAGGUGAAGAGGUCUGGGAAGAUCCUUCAGUUAUCUCCCUAGUCUCUAUCCUUCAUCCACCUUGCGGCAGAGAUGGACAUCUGCCCAAGGUUUAGGGACCACAGUCCCUUGGGAUCCUGUCAGAUUGACUGAACACUUGUGUUUAGCAUCAGAAGCUUACUUCUGCUGGCUUUAGACUGUCUUUUGGGGGCAGAUUUGGGGAAUUUGUUACAUUUUUGUGAUAUGAA